AUGGAAAAAAACGAAUUAUUAAUAAGAGCAUCGAAAUAUGAAGAAAGAUCGAAGAAAAUCGCGACCCAAGACAAAUAUAUUUUUAUAGGAAUUUUAACCAUAUUGCUUGUUUACUUCAAUUGGGUGGUCACGUGGGAAUAUGCAGCCUCCCCUCCAGUUUCAAAACCGUUUCUUACAGAACAGGAAGAACAAAGCGAGUCGGUCGAGAAUCGAAUGAAUCGCCGUUAUUUGGUCAAGAACCUUGCUUGUACAUAUCGACAACAUCUUUAUGCAAUGGCGGCCGAUAAAAAUAACACGAUUGAGGAUCUACUGGACUUUCACAGAUUAAUUGAGGGUUUAUAUGUUGAACCAGGCGCUGAACCGAAGGAUCCAUUUUCUUGGAAGCGAUUUGAUUCGAUGGCUCCGAUCAAAUGGAAUGAUAAAUUCGGCUCCAAAUAUAUAUUCAAAGGAAAAAGGUCAAGUUUAGAGCCAAAUUUCAGUGUUUUCGCGCUACGCCAUGCCGACUCCCCAAAAGUCAAAAAAGACUUCCUGAUUUGCCUCCCUCCCAAAGCGGGGACAUCCAACUGGCAAAUCGCCCUCGCAAAACUUUCCCAGACAAGAGAAGAAAUGGCCGCAAAAGGCGUCGUGCUUGAGGAUGACUCGAAUAAAAACGUCUUUUAUCCGGAGGCUUUGUAUGGCUUUGUUCCGAGAUUUCAUACAGUCAAGCAUGCUGCGCUGUUGCAAGGAAAAGAGAAGAGAUACAUAAACACGAGGGAUCCAUUUACGAGGGCAAGAUCAGGCUGGAGAGACAAAAUCCAGUACUACCCAGAUGAUCCUAAGCAUGAAGCAAACAACAGACAAUUCAACUCCUACGUCGAGAAAGCCCAAAAAGAGCCUGGCCCACCCUCCCCGCAAAAAUUCAAAGUCUCGCUUGAAAAAUGGCUGCGAAUGCUGGUUCACGACACAAACGACACGGCAAUGAAUCAACAUUGGAAAGCUCAAGACGAAUGUUGUCAUUUUUGUGCGAUGGACUACGAAUACAUCAUCCACGGCCGUCUAUCAGAAGAAGAAUGGCCUUGGGUCCUGGACAAGCAGGGCCUAACCGGCAUUCUCGAGCUCGCCCCUCGUUACGGCGGCCCAGACCCCGAUUCCGGCUGGUUUCAUCACGAAGCCCAAGGAUUCGUAGAAAUACCAAUCGACUUGAUAAAAGAACUCUACAGACGAUACUACUUCGAUUUCGUCGCCGGAGGUUACUCUCCUCAAUUCGUUGAAAAAUUCAUUAGUGCAGUUGAAGAAGCCCAAAAUAACCUAAGAUAG